AUGGAAUGUCCAAAUAGAAUCCCAGCUUCUAACUUCCAUGUGGAACAGUUGGUAGGAGGAUCCUCUGUGUCCAGAGAUGAGGGCUAUUUCGGCAGUUCCGGAAUGUACGCUCAAAGAGUUGCGACCGAGUAUGAGUGUUCGACAGCGAGAAAUUAUGGAAUCGCUUCUUCGCCUCUCUCCAAAGCGGGAGCACAAUCUCCGACAAACACGGCUCUCAGCGCCUACCAUCAACAUCAUUACCUUUCGCAACUAAAUGCUUUUGGGCCUGAGUAUAAAAAUGCAUCCCAGGUAGCACAGCCUGUUAUCCGACCCCUGUUUCCAUAUUCUUUCCCAUCGGACAGUGUGAAGGAGGACUCAAUGUUCUGCCCAUAUAGCGGAGAUCCAAACGGACGCACGGAUACAGUUGUUGGAACUUGUUCCUACACGCGGAUGGCUGAGAGACGCCAUCCCAGUCAAACGCACGAACAUUCUUGUCCGGAAUCCUCGACAGCUAAUCAACGGUACCUAAGGAAAGAGAAGGCGCAUGGAUUCGGAUCAGAAAGUAUCUUCUCUGUGUCCGGAAUUGAGACAGAUAAUCCAGAACUAUUUAACGACACCUGCGAAACCAAUCAGGAGGCGCAUCUGGCAGUGGCAGACAGUAAACUCGAGGAGAAUCACAGUCCCACGAAACAACUGCCUGAGAAAGAGAACGUCCUUAAAACGGACGGUAGCACAGACAACUCAGACAGUGAGGUUAAAGGGGACAGAUUGGAGAAUGUCUUUGGAAACUGGCUCACAGCGAAAAGUAGACGGAAAAAGCGUUGUCCUUACACCAAACAUCAAAUACUGGAACUGGAGAAGGAGUUCUUGUUCAACAUGUAUCUGACGCGAGAGCGCCGCUUGGAGAUCAGCAAGAGUAUUGACUUAUCUGACAGACAGGUCAAAAUAUGGUUCCAAAACCGACGUAUGAAGCUCAAGAAAUUCAACAGAGAGAGUCGAGUGAGAGAGCUAACCUCUGCUUAUGACUAUACUUAA